AUGGAGGAAGACGCGGACAUCAGGAACAGCUUCCGGAUGAACAAGUCUCAACUCCUGGCAUGGUGCAGCCCGAAACUUGUUGGGGUUGCAAGCUUGAAAUCCCUGGCACUUAAUGUGCCUGUCAUCAAGCUGGCUAUCCAGAUUUGGGGAUCGCACACCAGCGUGCCCAAGACUAUGCCGAUUGAUUGGUUGAAGCAGGAGGUUUCUGGUCUUCACGAUCUCCUGCGCCCCGGGGUGUCAAAUCGAUCUGUUGCGGUGUAUGUUGAUUCUUGGGGGAUCAAGCGGCUGGCUACCUUGGCUAUGCGGCGCUGGAAAGCUCCUAUCGGGGCCCUCCGGGACUCUUAUCUUCAUUGA